UGAACUGAAAAAGUGAGUUUUUUGAAUUAACCCCCUGUGCAUUAAUCGUUGUAAAUGGAAAAUUGUGUGUGUUGGAUGUGUCGGUGUAAUUAUUAGUCAUGGCACGCAUCUAGGAGGUUUGACAUUGAAGCUGGGACUAUUUUUAAAUGAUUCAAUUAUUAGACCUGAGCUGAACCACAAUGGCUUCCAGACUGAAAAAAUUUGCUGUAGGAACUUUUGCUGGAACGGUGGGAGCAGGAGUUGCAACAUAUUUUUUACUCAAAGAAGAUGAAAAUGCGUGGCCUGCAGUAAAAGCCGAGCGAGCACAAAUAAAACCGAAACGAAUCCUGCCAUCUAGGGCUGACCAAAUCAAAUCCCUUCAGUCUGACUCAUUCGAUGUUGUGAUCAUUGGUGGAGGUGCUACGGGUGCUGGAUGCGCCUUGGAUGCUGCAACCAGAGGUUUGAAGACUGCCCUUAUAGAAGCCGACGACUUCUCUAGUGGCACUUCAAGUCGAAGCACAAAACUGAUUCAUGGUGGGGUGCGGUAUCUCCAGAAAGCAAUCAUGCAACUAGACUUCGAACAAUAUAGGAUGGUGAAAGAAGCUUUGCAUGAGAGAGCAUCCAUGCUGAAUCAAGCUCCACAUCUAGCACAUCCCCUUCCGAUCAUGCUUCCAGUUUACAAAUGGUGGCAAGUGCCUUACUACUGGUUUGGUAUCAAGAUGUAUGACUUCGUAGCGGGUUCAAAAACAGUGAAAUCAUCAUACUUCUUGUCGAAAAAGAACGCUCUUGAAUUGUUUCCCAUGUUACGAGGUGACAAACUUUGUGGUGGAAUAGUCUAUUAUGAUGGUCAACAAGAUGAUGCAAGAAUGAACCUGGCGGUGGCGCUUACGGCAACGAAACAUGGUGCUACAAUCGCCAACCAUGUUACGGUAACUGCGCUCAAAAAGGAAAUUAAAGAUGGAAAGGAACUCAUUUGCGGCGUGGAUGUUAAAGAUGAAAUCACCGGUAAAACGUGGACCAUACCCGCGAAAUGCGUCAUCAACGCCACAGGACCAUUUACUGAUAGUAUUAGAAAAAUGGAUGAUGCCAGCGUCAGGGAAAUCUGCGCGCCCAGUAGCGGUGUUCAUAUAACGUUACCAGGUUACUACAGUCCAGAACAAAUGGGCCUUCUGGAUCCAUCCACCAGUGAUGGAAGAGUAAUCUUCUUCCUGCCUUGGCAGAAACACACCAUUGCAGGUACCACAGACUUACCCUGUCAAGUAACGCACAAUCCAAAACCUACAGAAGAUGAAAUCAUGUUCAUUCUGGAGGAGGUCAAGAAUUACCUAAAUCCUGAUGUUGAAGUUAGGAGAGGCGACGUACUAUCUGCAUGGAGUGGAAUUAGACCGCUGGUAUCUGAUCCGAAUAAACCUGAUACCCAAUCACUUGCAAGAAAUCACAUUGUCCACGUCAGUGACUCCAAUCUCGUUACGAUAGCUGGAGGUAAAUGGACUACGUAUAGAUCUAUGGCUUCCGAGACCAUAGAUGCAGCAAUUGAAGCUUGUAACUUACAGCCAAAAUACCAAGGAAGUCAAACUGAUGGUAUGGUGCUUUAUGGUGCUGAGGAUUGGACUCCAACCAUGUACAUUCGUCUUGUUCAAGAUUUUGGAUUGGAAUGUGAAGUCGCUCAACAUUUAGCUAAAUCUUAUGGGGAUAGAGCUUUCGCUGUGGCCAAAAUGGCUUCGUUGACAGGAAAACGUUGGCCCAUUAUUGGUAAGAAGUUACAUCCAGAAUUUCCCUAUAUCGAUGCAGAAGUUCGAUAUGGAGUGAGGGAGUACGCCAUGACAGCCAUAGACAUGAUAGCUCGUAGAGUAAGAUUGGCCUUCUUGAACGUACAAGCAGCGCAGGAAGCCCUGCCAGAUAUCGUCGCAAUAAUGGGAGAAGAAUUAGGAUGGUCUGAAGAUGAAAAGAAGAGGCAAAUGAAAGAAGCUACGGAGUUUUUGCAGAAUGAAAUGGGCCAGAAUGUCAAUCGCGCCAGUAGAGACAAAAUUCCAAUUAAUCUUAAUAGGGAAGAGAUUCAGCUUUACAUUAAGAGGUUCCAGAUCAUAGACAAAGAUCGUAAAGGAUAUGUUUCGAUUAACGAUAUUCGCAGGAGUCUAAAGCAACACGGCGAGAAAGAAGUUACCGGUGAGGAGCUUCACGAAAUCCUCAGAGAAAUCGAUAGUAACAUGAAUGGACAAGUCGAACUCGACGAAUAUCUACAGAUGAUGUCCGCAAUCAAGUCCGGCCACGUCACUUACUCUAGGUUUGCCCGAAUGGCGGAGUUGGAAGAAAUCAAACACGAAAAAGAGAUGUUGAAAAAGAAGAUAUCGGUCGAACGCAGCGGGGGUGGAGUGUAAAAAAUGAUAACGAGGUCUAGUCAUUUCGAGAAACUGCAUCGGAAAAAUUCCAAACUGUUUUCUCAUCCUGUAUGAAUCGAUUCGCAGAUUGUUUUGUUUGAACGUCUGAAGUCAUUCUAGUGUUCGAAAUUCAGGAAAGUGUGUGAAUAUGCACAGUGUGUACGAGAAAAAAUUGUAUUAGUUGUUUUACGAGUUUUACUUUCUGAAAUUAUAUUUUUGGUGACUUG